CAGUAUGGAGAAAAGUAAUGUUUUCUGGAAGUUCGGGAUCUGCCUGCUAUCGCUAUGUGCAUUAGCGAAGGGACGUACCUUGGAUCGCUGCACCCUGGCCCGGGAGUUGGACAAUCUGAAUGUGCCUAGACACGAGCUACCGACAUGGGUCUGCAUAGCAAAGUACGAAAGCAGUUUCAGAACUCACGUUGUGGGCCCACCCAAUACGGAUGGCUCCAAUGAUUAUGGAAUUUUCCAAAUCAACGAUCGUUACUGGUGUCAGCCCUCUAAUGGAAAGUAUUCAAGCAAUGGGUGUGGAAUCAACUGUGAUGUUCUUCUGUCGGAAAAUAUUGCUGCAUCCGUGCACUGUGCCCAGAUAGUGAAAAAUCAACAGGGAUUGGAAGCUUGGUCGGUUUACAAUCCCCAUUGUCGCGGUCAAUUGGAGAGCGUUGACGAUUGCUUCGAUAGCCGUAAUUUUGUCGGUUCUGGUGGUGGUGGCUUUGGAGGCAUGGGUAUCGGCAUGUACGGAAAGAAUUAAUUGGUCUAAGCUUUCCUUUUCUAGAAAUGUUGAUUCAUUAUUUUAAAUAGCCCAUUGCUAUCAGUUUCUAUUUCUUAUGUGUAUAUGCACAUAUGGAUGGAUGAGUAAUGCUAAGAAUUAAACAAGUAAAAAACUAAAGUCGGGUGUCCCGACUUUAAAAUACUCUGCACAUAUGUAUGUUUAGAAUAAUUAA